ACUUUCGUCGCAGCAGGCGAGGCAGAAAACCCUCUCUUCUCCUCUUUUGUCAUAGCGCUUUUGCUCUCUCUCCUUUCUUAUAUUCCAAUCUUUCUCUAUCAAGGCGAAGCUCAAAGGUCGGCCAUGGCGUACGUGGACCACGCCUUCUCGAUCUCGGACGAGGAUAUCAUGAUGGAGAGCUCCUACGUGAUUCAGAACCGGCCGCCGGUGAAGGAGAUAGCACUAGCCGUUUCUCUCCUUGUCUUUGGCGUCCUUGGAAUCGUCAUCGGGAUUGUCAUGGCUUACAACCGGGCUGGCGGAGACCGUGCCCACGGGAUUUUCUUUGCGAUCUUGGGGUCGAUGCUCUUCUUGCCGGGUUUCUACUACACGCGCGUAGCCUACUAUGCGUACAAGGGGUACAAGGGUUUUUCCUUCGCGAACAUUCCGGCUGUGUGAAGGAUGGUUUGAGCUAAGCCUGUGUACAGAUCCUUGAACUAAUAUACAUCUCUCUCUGUCCCUCUCUAGUUCUUUUUGCCGGUUCUUUCUGCUAGUGUUGCUGUUUUAACUUUGAAUGACUGAUAUGUUAUGUAUAUUAAGUUGGUUACAGUUGAAUAAGAUUUCUUCCAUUUAUAUUG